AUGAUUCUCCUCGGGAAACAGCUCAAAAUAGUACUUGUCGGAGAUGCACGGGUUGGCAAGUCAAGCUGGCUAUCACAACAGUUAGAGGGCUUUUAUGAGCCUGAAUAUACCCCCACGAAUGGCUACAAUUCCGAGAGACUCGAUUGUCAGACUAAUAUCGGGCUUGCCCAAACCAUGAUCUGGGAUAUCUCUGGGUCGAAUAGUACAGCUCAGGAUAGGGCCAAAUGGAUGGAAGAUUGCGAUGCCGCCAUUAUCAUGGUUGAUCUCGCAGACCGGGCGAGCAUCGAAAAUACAGUAUCUUGGUAUAAAGAGAUUAUCUCUUCCCAGAAACAAACAUUGCUUCCAGUAGUCAUCUGUUCCUACAAGGCAUACGAAAAGAGUGAUAAGCGGGCAAUAGACCCGGCAGAAAUCUCUUGGUCUGAUGAACUGGGCAACACGCCGUUCUUUUACAACAUAUCUCGAGAUAUUAAUGUCAAGCCUAAUAGGAUGCUCUCUAACAAGGAUAUGAUGAAGCCUAUUGGGUGGAUUUUGGAGCAAUUGACGGGUGAGACCGAUGUGGAUGCAAAUUUUGGCUAUGUUCCCUCCCGGGAUGCAUCCCCUUCUCGCCCUGUCUGGCCUGAUGGAUUUUCACAUGAGCUAGUCGAGGCAGCCUCGAGAACUCUCGAGGACGACGACGAGGAGAACUUGUGA